GACAACCCUCACCAGUUGACCGACCCCCGGCUCAACUUGUCUCAAAAUCACCCCCAAUGGCAUCAAUUCUAGCUCCUAGCCGGGGCAAGGCCCUGAGCAAGGCCUUUUCCACGGCCGCAGCCUCGCCCUCCUCACUACCCUCAAUACUACCGGCCUCGACGACGACAACGAUUGCCUCCCCGAGCAGAUUCGCUUCUGCGCGACGACAAUUCUCAACGACGCAAGGCCGACCGUCAAAACUGGGCAUCACGCCGCUUUCGAUCCCUCCGGGCGUGGAGGUUGUCAUGGGAGAGCCAAAGGCGUUUCGGUCGGCGACGUCGUAUAAGCCGGUUGUGAAGAAGAAGAUUACCGUAAAGGGACCAUUGGGAACUCUGGAUAUGGAUGUGCCCGAGUUUGUGGACCUGGUUCAAAACGCCGAAGAAAAGACUGCGACGCUCAGCGUGAGAGAUCCGAAUGCGAAAGAGCAGAAAGCCAUGUGGGGAACAUCAUGGUCCUACCUCAACAACCACAUCACCGGCGUCUCCGAAGGCCACACAGCCAUCAUCCGCCUCGUCGGCGUCGGCUACCGCGCCAGCGUCGAGCAGCGCGGCGCAAAGGAGCAGUACCCGGGCCAAAAGUUCCUCUGCCUCAAGCUCGGCUUCACGCACCCCGUGGAGGUGGGCAUCCCCAAGGGCGUCACGGUGACGACGCCGUCGCUGACGCGCAUUCUGCUCGAGGGCCCUAAUCGGGAGGUGCUCAUGAGCUUUGCGGGCGUGGUGCGGAAUUGGAGGAAGCCAGAGCCGUACAAGGGCAAGGGAGUGUUUAUUAACGAUGAGACGAUUAAGCUGAAGCAGAAGAAGAUUAAAUAAAUGAGGUGAAGAGAGAAGAGAAGAAACAGAAGCAAAGAAAAGAGCGAGGGAAAGAAAAGUGUACAGUAAGUUGGCUUUGGACAAGGGUGUUUUUUCAACGGAGACUUGUAUCAUCAUCAGGGCCUGCCUUUUUGGCGAGAGGUGUUUAGACAUAUUUAUACAUCUUACAUGUAUAUAUUAAACGACAAAUCCAAAAUUAACAUGCAGACAUGAAUCUAUGCCUGCUUUUUUUUGCCCGUAUUUCCCAUGCUUUAUAUAUAUAUAAAUAUCCCUCUUACAGCUUGGCGCUCAAAACUUCCUGCACUACUUCCAGGACUUUGCCAUGCACCGCCGCGGGCGCUGCCACCACGCCCUUGUUGUUUGCAAGUGUCCGUCCAAUGCUAAAAUCUAGUCUUUUGCCGUGAAUGUCGGUGACCUGUCCGCCUGCUUCCCUGACAAUAAGAUCGCCAGCAGCGUGGUCCCAGAUCUUCUCCUGAUAUGUAGCGCUCACGGGCAGGCGCAAGUAAAUGUCUCCAGCGCCACGAGCAAUAGAGCCGUACUUGGCCUGGCUGUCCAUGCGGACGCUCGGCUCGGUAAUGCCCAGCUUCUGUGAGAUGGCGGCCUGAUCGCCGUGGGAGGAGUGACCGGCUUCCACACUCUCGCAGAAGUUGGCCUUUGUCAGAUCGUCAAUGGCGCGC